GCACCUGCACACAAACUCACAGCAGCUAGCAGACACACGAGGCUGAGACGUGGAGUAAUGCGGAAUAACACGGCUAUAAAACGGGAUAGUUUUCAUUCAAGAGCAAGAUAGAAAGGAAAGAAAAGUCGAAGGGGUUUUACGACGGUUCGGAGGGAGAGCGGUGACGGACGACAGCAGGCAUCUGGCGGAUGGGGAGAAAAUGGAGGUGAACAGCAGAGAGGUGCCUCUUUAUGGACAGGUGGAGGGCCAUGUGAAGCUUCAAGCACCUGCUCCUGAAGACGCUGAUUUUUAUGUCGCUGUACAAGGCUCUGAACUCACUCACAUAAUGACAGCAAAAAGAGGAAAUGACGGCCUGACACUUUGUUUUACUGUCCCUGGUCAUGACCACGUUGAAGACGUCUCUGUGACUUCCUGUGUUUACACAGAAGACACUGUCAGGCCAUGUGAGGGUGAAACAUCUCUUAAGUACCUCAGGGAUGUUGCCCAGGAGGCUGCAGAGUAUCUGAGAGCGAACAGGCACCAGCUUGGACCUCAGAGCUACCUGGAAGUCCUAAAGAGGUUUUCCACAUCAGCACAAGUAGCUGACGAGGAGUUUUCACCUGGAGGGUUUGACCAUAAUGAGAUUGACAAGACGCUAAUGCAAAGAUCAGGUGAUAACGUUUUUUUGAGACAGCUGGAUGAGAAGAUGGUGGUAGCUAUGGCUAAUAUGGAUUACCUUCAGCGGUGGAAAAACAAGGACGACCACUCUGGAGAAGAUGAUCUUCAACCCAAAGAAACCCUCCUUCACCUUGCAGUGCGUUUGGGUUUGGUCCAUCUCGCCCACUUCUUAAUACACCAACCGAGGGGUCACAGGUUAUUAACCUUACCCAAUCAGGAUGGAGACACACCCUUACAGCUGGCUCAGAGGGACGAACAGCAUGACAUGUUCAGGAUGUUGGCAGGUUCUCCAGAUCCUGCAGUCUGUCCCAUCCCAGGGGUGCAUUGCAUUUGUUCUGACAGCUCCUGCAUGCUAAGGUUCCAUCCCAGGACAAACUCUCUGACCCUGACUGUAAGAAACUCAUCCAACAGCUGUCCUCAGGAUGGCAUCAUGAUCCUGAGAGAGAGACUCAGAGACUUCAGUAUCCUGAAACUGAUCAAUGAGCUCAAAACUAAAAAUAAGGAAGAUAAAUGCAAAGAUGAGAUCCUACUGAGAGAUGAAGGGAUCAGAGAGGAGCUCCGAGUGGAGGCGCCUGCAUUGGGGGAAAACGUUUUUGAAGAACAGCUUGUUCUGUCUUUGGAUGAUGAUGAUGAAGAGGAAGAGUACCCGUCCUCAUUAUCCGUAAAUGGGACAUCCAUGCCAUCCAGUAGAGUUGAGGACCAGUUCAACCAGCAAGCUUCAGACCUUCAGCUCUCCAUGAUCAACAGCAGCGAGGAGACGAUCACUCAGCCGGAAGAUGUAGACAUCAAAUUCAGCAUCGGUGGAGUGACGAGUGACAGCACGGGGACUGACGGUGUUUUAUGGGACACUGUGGACUCAGAAGAUCUACAUCCUGCCACGGACACUCCUCCGCCACAUUCAGAGGAUUUCCAGCCUCCAUAUUUACCCGAGUCUCUCCUGCUCUCACCUGCUGACCAGGCGCUCGCCAGACUGAACCGUCCCCUUUUCUCUGAGCCGCUCAAUCAGAGAGAAAAUCUGACCAUGGACUCCUGUGACCUCAGUCUAGUUGCUCUGGAGCUGGACAGCGAGGAGGAAAGCCCUGAACCAAAGCCUCUGCUCCCACCAGUCUCGUCGCAUGUCGAUAAUAGUGACGACAAAAGCGAAACCUGUCGACCCUCUCCUAAUCUAGCAUGCACUCGUACUCAGUCUGCCUCCUCAGCAAGUGAAACCCCCACAAAAGAUAUGGGUGACCUGGGAAUCCGGCUGCGUUCAUAUUCAUACUCCUCACCCAAAAUCGGUUUACGUCCUUCUCGCUUGAACCGGGAAAACCACGCUGCAGAUAUCAGCUCUGAUGCCGUUCUCCACAGCGUCAGCCACAGCCGAUCUCUCCUUCAGGCCCUCUCUCUGUCUAAAUCUCUGUCUCUGCUCCACCCGGGCAAGCAAAGAACCCCGACUAUGUCAGAGCAGUCUCAUGAAAAAAGAGAUGUUAAUUUCCGUAGGCGAGUCCAGUCAGCCGAUGAUGACGAGGGCGGCAUGGAGCUGACCGAGUCGCUCCAACAUCUCACGCUGUCAGAGUUUCUCAAAGAGAUUGAAGAGGAGGAGCUGGAUAAAUACAACAUCCCGACAAAGGUGGAGUCGGAGAAAUACAAAGUGAUUCGCACCUUCAGUUUUCUCAAGAGCAGGAUGUCCAGCACACGUAAUAAAACCAAGGGGAAGGGGAAGGACCGAGAGGCCAAGGACCGGCAGCUGAAUGGACAUCGCUUCAACACAGGAGCCUGUUUGGGCCCGACCGUGUGCGUGGUGUGUGACAAACCGGCGUCUGGAAAGGAACUGCUGCACUGCUCUGGUUGCACUGCGUUCGUCCACAAAAGCUGUAAGGACUCUCUCCCCCCGUGUCUGAAGAAACUUCAGGAUAAGUAUGCUGUUUCCAUGGUGAAGAACAAGACAGCAUCUCUCCCACAGAAUUUCACCGUUAGAGACAGCUCUCCACAGCCCGUGAUCCCUGUUUCCACCUCUCAACCCGUCAUGACGCCAAAGGAGAGGAAGGAAGCUGUCAGCCAGCCAUGCACUCUCUCUGGGAGUUUCCCAAAUAGUGACAGCCGGCUCAGUGAAAGUUCAGAGACAGAGUCUGAAACCUGGAAGGUCAUCAGCCGGUCAGAAGAGCUCCUGCCGACCCCCGCAUCCUCUACGGACUCGUCCAUAGGAGAAGACUGUGUGGACACGUUUGUCCACAGCGACUUGUCGGGUGAUGCUGUGGAUUUUGAAGCGGAGUCAUGGAGUCUGACAGUCGAGCACAAGUUCUGCAAGAAGCACGACAAACGAGCUGUCAAGAGGCAGGACGUUAUCUACGAGCUGAUGCAGACGGAGCUCCACCACCUACAGACGCUCCACAUCAUGGCCGAGGUUUUCCGCCGAGGUAUGAAGGAGGAGGUGCAGCUGGACACGGAGGCAGUGGAGCGGGUCUUUCCCUGUCUGGAUCAGCUGCUUCUCUUCCAUCGCUCCUUCUUCUCCGCCAUGAAGGAGCGGCGGCACAGCUCGGCAGAACCCCAGGGACACAGGAACUACCUCAUCCAGAGAAUAGGAGACGUCCUCCUCCAGCAGUUUUCAGAUGAGAACAGCGAGAAGAUGAAGCAGGUGUACGGUGAUUUCUGCAGCCGUCACAAUGAGGCGGUCAGCUUCUUUAAAGAGCUGCAGCAGAAUAAUAAGAGGUUUCAAAACUUCAUUAAGCAACAAGGUAUGAAUUCUCUGGUAAAACGGAGGGAGAUCCCGGAAUGCAUCCUGCUGGUAACCCAAAGGAUCACAAAGUACCCGGUGCUGCUGGAGAGGAUUCUCCAGUACACUCAAGAGGAAACCGAGGAACACACAGACAUUUCCAAAGCGCUCACUCAGAUCCGUGACGUGAUCACAGCUGUGGACCUGAGCGUCAGCGAGUACGAGCGCCAUCAGAGGUUACAGGAAGUGUGGAGCCGCAUGGAGAACCGCAGCUCCACCAAGCUGAAGAACGGCCACACAUUUCGUAAGCAGGACAUGAUGAGGCCAGGACAGACGCUCAAACACCAGGGCCUGCUGCUGUGGAAGACAGCCACGGGUCGACUCAAAGAUGUCCUGGCGCUGCUGCUCACAGAUGCACUCAUCUUCCUGCAAGAAAAGGACCAGAAGUUUACAUUUGCUGCUGUGGAUCAGAAACCCCCGGUUAUAGCUCUGCAGAAGUUAAUCGUGCGAGAAGUAGCUAAUGAAGAAAGAGGGAUGUUUUUGAUCAGUGCAUCAGCGGCCGGUCCGGAGAUGUACGAAGUCCACACGUCGUCCAAAGAGGAGAGGAACACCUGGAUGAGGCUCAUCAGAGAGGCUGUAGAGAGCUGUCCAGAGGAAGAGGAGGAAUACAUGAGUGAGUCUGAAGAGGAGAGGCGAGCAGCUGAGGCACGAAAUCAAAAGAUCCACAAGUUUCAAGAGAGUCUGCUGAGUCUGGACCAGAAGAUCUACUCCAGCCUGGAGGAGAAGCUGCAGCUCUACGCCGAGCUUUCCGCUCUGAAUGGGAGGACGGAGGCCUCGCUGGUCGAGGCACGUCUGCUUGUACAGGCACAGUCAGAGGAGCCGCAUCAGGCUGCCAUGUUACUGGCUGCAGCUCUACAAGAGGCUGAGAACCUGAAAGCCACUCUGUCGUCAAGGACCUCUCUGUUGGACUCCGAUGCAGGCUCUUUGUUCACACCUGUGCAGCCCUGCUCUGAAUCUGAGACCCCACCUGAAAACCCUGAAACCUCUGACGAAACCUGCACAGAGCCUGUCCCACAUCCAUCCCCAUCUUUCUUUGCAAAAACAGACACAAGCGGCCUCAACGUGAAGGUUGCUCAGAGUGUCCAAAGCUUGAUGCAGCUGCUCUACAGUCUUCAGGCUGCAGUGACUGUCCAGGACAGCUGCUAUGAGGUCAACAGGAUCCUGCUCCAAGAGUCUGGCCGCCCUUCGCCCCGCGCCCUGCGAUCGCACCUUCCCAGCGUCCGCGUCAACUCCCUCCAGGAGCAGGAGAAGCAGCGUAACCUGGAAAAAAGGAAAGAGGAAGUGGCGUCUGCCCGCCGCCUCCAGGAGCAGCUACGCCAGGAGAAGGAGCGCUGGGAGCGGGAGUGCCAGGCCAGGGAGAGCCAGCAGGGGGAGCUGGAGAGCCGGCUGGAGGAGCGGGAGCGACAGUGCCACCUGGAGGCCGAGAGGCUGAGGCGGGAGAGGGAGGAGUUGGAGGAGCAGCGGGAGGAGUAUCAGCAGAGUUUAGAGCGGCUCAGGGAGGGUCAGAGGAGCGUGGAGAGGGAACGCGAGCAGCUGGAGAACCAGGAAAGGCUGCUGCAGACGUGGAGGCACAGCCGACAGAGGAGUCUGCCCGCCGUGAUCCCCCACAUGGUCAUCCCUUUAGACGGGACGCAGGACUCAGCAUCGAGUCCGUCCAGAGACCACGCUGGUAACGGCUCGGUGUUCGUAAACGAGGCGGCCUUCUCCAGCAGCAGCCUUAACAAUCGUCACAUUAACCACAAGAGGAAUGACCCGAGCACCCACAACUGUCUCAACACCCUGCUGGCGAGAUCCAGACAGCCCCCCUUAACGAAGACCCCCAACAAUCAGCACCUAGAUUCCCAGGGGUGGGUGAUGGGCGCAGGAUACCUGUACAGCUCUGCAGGACGGCUCGGGCUGCAGCACACGCCUUCAGACCUCAACAGUCACGGCUACAUCGGGGAGAGCUGGUCAUCAACGGCGAGCAGGGCUGACCCGUAUCCGCUGAUGCCACAUCCUGGUGACGCUCAGCUGGACCUCAGUGCCCUGGUUUCCCUGGAGACUGACAGCGGAGGAGAAGAGGGCAGUGAGGAAACCAUUGUGUAUCUCUGAGCAUUGGACUCCGAAAGAAAAUAGCAACCCAGCACUUGGACAAAGAUGAAGACUUUCAGGCUGGCCUCAGAAAGCAUUUCUCCCUUUUCCUGUCACUGUCGUGCUCUUUUAUAAAUGUUGGUGGUCUUUUAGUUUGUUAAGUGUAAAGUUACUGAGGACACAGAGAGACUCGGAGAUAAAGAAAAGGGUUGUUUCACUCUCACGUGUCAUGCACCUUAGCUUCAGGCACCUCUGGAUGUUCAUUGUCUGUUUUUCUCUCUCUGUGUGGUCUUCACUGACUGUGUCCCUGCAGCAAAACCUUUCUCUUUCUUCUUACUGCCCUUCCUCACUGUUUUCUUUAUUUUCCAGGUCCCUAGGGCACUGUAUUUAUUAAAUUUACCACAACGGAGGGAAAAGUGCACAGUCAAUAUCAAUAAAACAUCAGCUCUCCUCUCAAGAAGUAAAAUGUCCUUGGAUUUAUCAGUCUGUUUAUAUUAGAGCCAAGGAGCUCCAAAUAUGAGGACUGAAAGAUGAGCAGUGACAGUGUCAGCCCUACGCUCUUCAGACAUGCCGCCUAUAGCUGCCAUUGAUUUGUCUCUGUCUGAAGCAUGUUAUUCUAGAAAAGAGAAGCUGUUUAAGGAGAUGAUGCAGCUGUUAGCAUAACUUUUAUAAGCCUGUAAAAAGACAUGAAGGCGUGUUUUUGCACAACCUUGAAUGUAAAAUCUGAUUCAGGAAAGUGGACAAAGGAAGCUAAGUGGUCAACAAUCAGAGCUAUUAUUUAAUUUGUGAAUUUCUGCACAUUCCAACAGCCAAACUUUGGAUUUCCUUUCAUCCGUUUUCAAUUUUAGUCACACAAGCUGCAGCGAAAGCAGCUAAUUCAGAGCCAGGGAAUUAAACAUUCAUGAUAAGUAGAGAUAUUUACGUGAAGGUCUGCUAAUUGUCCACUUCUUUAUGACCAAAUACCUGAAAAAUUUCCCAUUGCCUAUGUAGAACUUUGUGUUAAGUGCCAAUUAGGAAAUACUUGCAUGCUGAAAUCUAAGAAAGUAGAUGUUGAACUUUGACCCUUCUUUCACUGACGAGCUAGCAUGCUAAGAUUAGCAUUCAGAUCGAAGUAUCACCCUCCCUAACUAUCACAUUACAGAGCUGUUUGCUUGAUUAACAAAUUAUUAAGUUACCUUAUUGUUCCUGUUAUGCUAAUUGUUAAAGUACACUCACUGGCCACUUUAUUAGGUGCACAUGAUCAGCCGCUUGUUAACUCAAAUAGCUAAUCAGCCAAUCACAUGGCAGCAACUCAGCGCAUUUAGGCAUUUAGACAAGGUCAAGACGACUUCCUGGCGUUCAAACCAAGCAUCAGAAUGGGGAAGAAAGGGAUUUAAGUGACUUUGAACGUGGCAUGGUUGCUUGUCUGAGUAUUUGAGAAACUGCUGGUCUGGGAUUUUCACAAAAAAGAGAAAACAUCCCAUGAGCAGAUGUGUGAACGAAAAUUCAUUGAUGUCAGAGGAGAAAGGGUGCACUGGUUCGAGAUGACAGAGAGGCAACACAAACUCAACCAAGGAAUGCAGAAUACCGUCUCUGAACAUGUAGAACCUUGAAGCAGAUGGGCUACAGCAGCAGAAGACCACGCUGGUGCCACUCCUGUCAGCUAAGAGCAGGAAACUGAGGCCACAUUUCACACGGGCUCACCAAAACAACAAAAGAAGACUGGAAAACGUCUGGUCUGAUGAGUCUGGAUUUCAUUUUUGACAUUCAGAUGGUAGGGUCAGAAUUUGGCGUCGACAACAUGACAGCAUGGGUCCAUCCUGCCUUGUAUCAACGGUUCAGGCUUGUGGUGGUGUAAUGGUGUACAGGGAUAUUUUCCUGGCACACUUUGGGCCUCUUACUAAGCAUUGUUUGAACACCACAGCCUUCUGGUGUAUUGCUGCUGACCAUGGCCAUGCUUUUAUGACCACAGUGUACCCAUCCUCUCACGACUACAUCCAGCUGGAUAAUGCACCAAAGCUCAAAUCAUCUCAAACAGGACAAUGAGUUAACUGUACUCCAAUGGUCUGCACAGUCUCCAGAUCUCAAUCCAGGAAAGUGCCUUUGGGAUGUGGUGGAACAGGAGAUUUUCAUCAUGGAUGUGCAGCUGACGAAUCUGCAGGAACUGCGUGAUGCUAUCAUGUCAGUAUGGACCAAAAUCUCUGAGGAAUGUUUUAGCAUUUGUUGAAGCCAUGCCAGGAAGAGUUAAGGCAGUUCUGAAGGCAAAAGAAGGUCCAACCUGAUACAAGCAAGGUGUACUUAAUAAAGUGGCCUUUGAGUGUAUAUAUACCAGUGUUAAUUCCAGUCUCAGUCUUUAGAUUAAUUCCUUUUAGUCUAGUUUUAGUCCAUAAAAGUCCUCAUAUUUUACUUUUAGUCCAAGCAUUUAUUCUCUUGCCUGAAUCUGGAACCAAUCAUGGUGGAGUGUUUUAAGCACCCUGCCUAACCUGGGGUCCCUGCUUUCUACAGCUGAGAGGCAGAAUAGCUACAGAUGCAUCGUAUUUUGACACACAAAUAGAGAAAUAUCACUGGGUUUGAAUGGAUGACGAAAACUAAAUAACAUUUUAGUCUAGUUUUAGUCAUCUUGAAAACUUAAUUUACUUUUAGUUAGUUUUAGUCAUUAAAGAUCUACUUUUAGCUAUUCUCAGUCUUGUCUUUGUCAUUGAAAAAAGGUAGUUGAACAUUUUUAAUCAUAGUUUUAGUCGACGAAAUAAAUAGACCUGUAUAUGUACUUAAAAUAUGCACAUCAUGACUAAAGCUGCUCUGAUUCCGAUACCAGGAUCACAAAUAUGUCUGAUACUGCUUAAAAUGCAGGUGUUGGUAUCAGCAAGUUUAUCAGUUUAUGCACUGAUCCGAUAGCGAUUGGUUUAACUUUAUAUUUUGCUUUGUUUAGCCAUGCUAACUGUUAGCGCUGUAAACUGGAAAGCACUGCAUGCAUGAGCUACUGUUUUUAGAGCAGCAGCAUUUUCAGUGAGCCUGGACCUCAUGUGACUUUUGAGGGACUUUAAGGAUAAAAUCCACACCAGUAAACCAGAUAUUGAACAGCUUUUAUCAUAUUUAAUUCAAUUCCAAUCAUUCAUUACCACUAGCUGGAAUAAUAACCCUCAUUUUGUUUACUCUCUGUGAAGGUCUGCCAGCCAAUAGCAGGCUGUUCCAUAAUCAUGUGAUGCUGUCUAAUAGAGCAUAAUGAAGAGAGAGAUGGAGCCUGUGUGAGCCAGCCCCCUGUGUUAUUGUUAUUUUAAUAUUUAUCAGUAAAACUCAAUAAUCAGCAGAAAAACAACUUGAGAGUCAUGAUGCUGUUCAUUAUGAUUGUAUUAGUUGAGUCUUGUUCUGAGUCAAAUAUAGGUCUAAAAUAAUUUGAUAGUCUGCACAGUCAGCCCAGAAAGUCCACACUGGUAUCAGAUCGGUAUUCGGUAUCAGCUGAUACCCAACACCUUGGUAUCGGAAUCUCAUCAGGAAGGAAAAAAAGUUUUGGAACAUCCCCAGUUUGGCUAGUCUUAGUUGAGUCUUCCUCAUGGAAAAAAGGAUAAAAAUUUUUAGUCAUAGUUUAGUCCAGGGUUUAACACUGAUAUGCCUGAAUAACCUGAAAUAUGCAUAUCAUGACAGCAUGGUACUUCAGGUACAGACAAUAGCAUGCUAGCCUCCAAAACACUCAACAAGGUGAUCUUUGUAAGUGCUAACCCCCCUAAAAUGUGCGAGUAGAUUGCAAGUUAGCAUGUUAAUAUUAGACUUAGCACAAAGCGCUACUCUGCCCUAGCAUACUUAUCUGUUAUGUUUGGCUAUUUCUCCUGAUCUUUUGAAUAAUGUCCAUUUUUAUUUAAGCUUUUAUAAGUUAGCUUUUUGCUACCCAGAACUUUAUGAAAUUUCUGAUUGAUUCGGUCACGCUAAUUGCUAAAAUCUUACAGCCUCACGCCUCUUAUUGUUUCUUGUGAAUCUUCAUCUUUUUGUAUUUAAAUUCCACCUUCAUUUUGAGCUGUCAACAGUGGACUUUUACAUUCUUUCAUAUCUGAAACAAACAUGAUGUCCUUAUUGAGUCUGUCAUGCUAAAAGCUAAACUAUUAAACCUGUAUAUAAUCCUGUCUGUUCACAUUUAUCUCUUGUGAACAUUUUAUGUAAAAACGGUCGCUGUGCCAAUGCUUUUGAAUCUAUAAAGGUUUAAUGACUGUUUCCUAAAGCAGUGACAGUGUUUCUGAUGUUAUUUUACUCACUAUCAUGUACAUACUUUAUGCUUUAUUUAUUUAUUCCAGUACAGAUGAGGUUCAGUGUUUCCCUGUGCUUUUAUGAGGGGUUGAGUGUAAAAAAAAUCAGUGUAAACACACGACCAGGUGUUUGUUCCUCUGUGUUGUAUUGAUAAAACUUCUUUUACUGGACUUGAACCAGCGUUUUGUGCUUCUUUGAGUUAUAAACUGAGGCCCAGGACAAUAA